UCUUCUCAACUCUCUCUCUCUCUCUCUCUCUCUCUCUCUCUGUAUAUAUAUAUAUGUAUGUUUAUGUACGUAAAUCUGUGUGCAAGCAAGUUUGGCCACUGUCCCUUUUCACCGUUUGUAAUAAGAUUAAAGCCUUUCCUUUUCUUGUUUCCUGGAAAUCAGCAUAAAAUCAAACUAAUUCAGUUUUACUACUCUUAAUUCCCGCGUGUUGCAUCUCUUCACGCCCAAAAUCGGGUCAGUUCCACCAUUUCUGCAUUCUUUCCAUUUUUGUUUGUGAUUUUUCAAGCUGUAUUCUCUGAUCUUUGCCGGGUAGGGUUUAUUGCAUCAUUCAGCAUCUCAAAUCUAGCUUCUGGGUUUGUACUUGUUUAAGUUUUGUUUCUGGAUUAUGUGUUGUUGAAGUGUUUUCGGAAAAUCUGAUGAGACGCCGCCAGGCGGCGGUGCUAACGUCUGGUGAGAUUAUGGAGAAGGGGCAAGGGAAGAGUCAGAUUUCAUGUCUUUGUUUAUUAGCCUUAUUAUCAUCUUUCAUUUGGAUUUGUCUGUUGUACUUCCAUUUUAUGGUCCUUGGUGGUAGAACUGUUACUGAUACCUCCCCUGAGUUAAACCUUGUUCCAAUUGAGGCCACUUCACUGAAUUCUCUGCCCCUUGAUUCGAAUCCCUCCCCCAUUAGUCACUCUGUUACCGUUCAUCGUCCUGAAGUUGAUGUUGGGCUUCAGAGAGGAAGGGUGGUUGAUAAUGCUUCGAAAGAUGAAGUCCCGAGUCAGGUGAAGCCAAGAGAAAGAGUUGCUGGUUAUGCUUCGAAAGAUAAAAUCCCGGAUCAAGUGAAGCCAAUUAAUGUGAAAUCCCCGCCUUUGGGAGAGAAAAUCAAAGAUAAGCAGAACUAUCCUUUUAUGAGGGCAUUGAGAACAGUAGAUAAUAAGAGUGAUCCAUGUGGGGGAAGGUACAUUUAUGUUCACAAUCUUCCUCCGAGGUUCAAUGAGGAUAUGCUUAAGGAGUGUAAGAGUCUUAGCAUGUGGACCAACAUGUGUAAGUUCACCACCAAUGCUGGGCUUGGUCCACCGUUGGAGAAUGUUGAAGGGGUUUUCUCGGAUACUGGGUGGUAUGCUACAAAUCAGUUUGCAGUGGAUGUGAUAUUUGGCAAUCGGAUGAAGCAAUACGAAUGCUUGACAAAUGAUUCGUCUCUUGCUGCUGCUAUUUUUGUGCCCUUUUAUGCGGGAUUUGAUAUUGCAAGGUAUCUUUGGGGGUACAACGUAUCAACUAGGGAUGCUGCAUCCCUUGCUUUGGUUGAUUGGCUCAUGAAGAGGCCGGAAUGGAAGAUAAUGGGGGGAAAGGAUCACUUUCUUGUGGGGGGUAGGAUAACAUGGGAUUUCAGACGAUUAACCGACCAAGAGUCAGACUGGGGUAACAAGCUUCUGUUCUUGCCGGCUGCCAGAAACAUGUCCAUGCUUGUGGUGGAAUCAAGUCCUUGGCAUGGAAAUGAUUUUGGGAUUCCAUAUCCUACUUACUUCCAUCCUGCAAAGGAUGCUGAAGUGUUUGCCUGGCAGAACAGAAUGAGGAAACUGGAGCGGAAAUAUCUUUUUUGUUUUGCGGGUGCACCACGUCCCGGCAACCGCAAAUCGAUCCGUGGGCAGAUCAUUGAUCAAUGCAAGAAUUCAAAGGUGUGCAAACUUUUGGAAUGUGAUUUUGGGGAAAGUAAGUGCCAUUCUCCUAGCAGCAUCAUGCAGAUGUUUCAGAGCUCCCUUUUCUGUUUGCAACCUCCAGGUGAUUCAUUUACAAGAAGAUCAGCAUUUGACUCCAUGUUGGCUGGCUGUAUACCUGUGUUUUUCCAUCCUGGAUCGGCCUACACUCAAUACACCUGGCAUUUGCCAAAGAAUUAUUCACAAUAUUCAGUGUUAAUUGCAGAGGGUGACAUUCGUAGGAAUGUUAGCAUAGAGCAACAACUCAAAACAAUUUCUGUCAAAAAGGUGAAGGAAAUGAGAGAGGCGGUCAUAAAUCUCAUUCCAAGGGUAAUAUAUGCAGAUCCUCGCUCUAAGCUGGAGACAUUGAAGGAUGCCUUUGAUAUAGCUGUUCAAGCAGUUAUCAACAAGGUCACAAAGUUGAGGAAAGACAUGGUUGAGGGCCGUAAAGAUGACUUUAUUGAGGAGCUUAGUUGGAAAUAUGCUUUGUUGGAAGAAGGUCAAUAUAUAGGGCCUCAUGAAUGGGAUCCAUUUUUUGCAAAACGGAAAAAAGAUGGCGAGCCUGAUACUGACAGUUCAUCAGCAGAAGCAGCUAAAAAUUCUUGGAAGAGCGAGCGAAGACAACAUUCAUGAUUAUGGGGAAGUUUUCUUUUUUCAACUUUCACAAUGCUCAGUCUAAGAUGUAUUAAGCCUAUAGUCAAUUUGCUAAGCAUCUUUGGUUCUAUUGAGGUAUCAAUACUAAGUUUUUAGGAUUAGUGUGGGAAUUCAUAUCUUGUUUGAAGCCAUCAUAGUGAUACGUAUUCCAGUAUAGAGUUCAUAAUGUUAUUCAACCAAUAUUUGUUUUUUGCCA